CAACGACAAAUUCCGCCAAACAAUCGCCUCCACCAACACGCCGGUGCAGGACAAAUAAACCUUUCGACCUUUGUCUCCUCACGCCGUGAAGUAGGACGAAAUGUCGACCUUCGAGCAACAGGUAAUUAUUCCUGCCCGCCGCCUCAAAUUCCCCUCCGCCAUAUUUGCGCUGCGUCCCACCUUAGAGGAUAUAUCCUCAGCCUUGCGAAGGCCCUUGAAAGAACGGAAGCUGAUCAGAUUGCGUUAAUUAGAUUGUCAUCGAUGGCAAGGGUCACUUGCUUGGUCGGCUCGCAAGUACCGUUGCUAAGCAACUCUUGAACGGCCAAAAGAUUGUUGUUGUGCGAUGUGAAGCCCUCAACAUCUCUGGAGAGUUCUUCCGUGCGAAGCGUACGUCCUCUUUUCCAAAUUACAUCGGCAUAAUCGAUUUGAACGUGGUGGAUUUGAAUUGGCGCAAAGGAAUUGAAGGGCUGACUUAAAUUCGACUACAGUAAAGUACCACGCCUACCUCCGAAAGAUGACCCGAUACAACCCAACCCGAGGAGGUAAGAUAUCUCCAUCUGCUAGAUUUUGCAGAAACUGCGGAUCUGGAAUAUAUGAAAUUGGUGUCUAAUUCACCACAGGUCCUUUCCAUUUCCGUGCCCCAUCAAGAAUCUUCUACAAGACCGUCCGUGGAAUGAUUCCCCACAAGACCGCCCGUGGUGCCGCUGCUAUGGAGAGACUCAAGGUUUUCGAGGGUGUCCCACCACCAUACGACCACGUCAAGCGUGUUGUUGUUCCCCAAGCCUUGAGAGUUCUCAGAUUAAAGCCUGGACGCAAAUACUGCACCGUUGGUCGAUUGAGCCACGAGGUCGGAUGGAAAUACCAGGAUGUUGUUGCUAGGUUAGUUGGAUUGCUGAGCUACGUUUGGAGGUUAGGAUGAAGUGCUAAUUCAGAAUAGACUUGAGGAGAGAAGAAAGGUUAAGGGAGCCGCAUACUACGCCCGCAAGAAGACCGCACGAAAACAACUCUCAGACGCCACAAAGAGCGCCAAGGUUGACGAGAAGACCCAGAAGCAGUUGGCUGAGUACGGCUACUAAAUAUUACGAAUUUGCAUUUUUCGGGGUAUUUGGGUGGUUGUUGGCUCUCUGGACUGAAGAUAAUUUUCCUUUUCAACACCAACUUCGUCAACGCUUUGUUCUACCCAAAUUGGGAAAAUAUCUCAAGGCUGGUUCUACGAAACAAACUUGGCACGGAAUGGAGGGUCGCUAUCAUCGGAAAAAGAGCGCUGAUGAAAAGCUUUGGGCCUCUGCUGUGUAUAAGCGUUCGUCUUGCAUGCCGCUCAUAGGGAAAUGAAUUCACAAUCAAGAAUAAAAAUGGCCGGGGCGUUUUUGGUGUUAAUGAAAUUGAGAAUGAUCAAGUUACAGCUGAUAUCAAAUGACACAGAAUCCCAUCUAAUGCCCUUGCCCAGUUGAUUUACUU